CUAAUCCAACCUCUCGUCUAUCGUUCGACAAUAAGAUCAUCCUCAUAAACUGCGUUUGGAAAGAUAACAGUUGUGCAACGCGAAUAACGGUUGUUCUCAAUUGGAAACGUGCUGUCGGAUCGACUAAUCAAAUUGGUCCCUCGUUCGCGGCUACGUUCUCGACGUCACGUGAUCGCAGUCCACCAUUGGCGGUUCGAAUUGAUAUCUCCGGCCAAUCAUUUCGCAAAACACACAUGAUCGUCCGCUCGCUUGUUAGAAACUCUCCGUUUGCCUUCACGAUACGCGAGGUGAACGUUCCGAUAGUAUCGUGGAAGGUUCUCGAAACGGCCGCGUGUAACGUAACGCAAAUGUCCAUCGACGGUAGACACGCUCGGCCAAUAUUCCGCCAUUUUAAGUCAAUUCCUCGGUCAAAUAAAAUUAAUACGAUCCAUUAACUCGGAUUAAAACAAGUCGUCGUACAAAUAACAGAGCUGGAUGACAACAUUUUGAAGCGCGUUUUGCUCGUUUCUGAAAAGCGUGGAAUUUAAUAUUUCCGAUCUUAUCAAUCCGUUAAUCCCCGUUUCUAAUCUAAUGUAAAUAACAGCCGCCGCGAAAACAACACGCGGUCGCGUUUGCCUUCCGAGAAAUCUCUAAUCACACUCCCCCGUCGAAGGUUUUUAAAUUGGGUGACUUCAGAACGGAGAAGUGAGGAUUGCGCGUGCGCGACAAGCAGCUCGCUGACGCAAGGGAGUACGUCAGCUGUUUUGUUAAACUCUCGCGGCGGAGAGACGUGCGUGCGUGCGUGUAUGUCCGUCUGUCUGUCCGUCCGUCCGUCCGUCCGUCUGUCGUCAUCAUCGUCGUCGUGUCGUCGUAGUCGUCGUAGUCAUCGUCGCCGUCGUCUUGGAGGUUGUAGUUGUCAUCGGAAUCGUAGUGUUAUCGUUGUAUUGUCGUUGCCGUCGGAUAUGGUGCUGCAUUGUUGACUUGGUGGGGCAUCUCUCUCUCGCGCAACUUUCGUCGUCGCACGGUAACGGGCCCCCGCGCACCUUUGUUCGUCGUACGCGCGCGUGAGAAAGACUGCGUGCGCGUUUCCGGGCGAUUCUGCGUGCGACGGAGGAGUCGUGUGGACGCGCGCGUGUAUCUCGCUCGCUCGCUCGCUCGUUCAUUCGCGUGGAUCCCCACGGAUCCAAAUCGUUCAAACGAGAACGAUCCGGAUUGAUCCCGCGGAUUGAGAUCGGUCCACAGUUCAGCCGAAGGUGCGUCCUCGUGAGGGAGACGUCCGUCCACGCGUCCGUGACCGCCUGACGCGACGGGACGUUCUCGCCCGCUCGGUCGAGUGGUAGACACUUUGUGAUAUUCCGAAAACGGGGGGAAGAGAGAGAGAGAGAGAGAGAGAAGAGAGAGAGAAAAAAGAAAUAUCGAGUGAACGACAUGGCACAGCCGACGAGCAGCGCGUUACGGGCGCUCGCCCUGGAGUACAAGAGCCUGCAGGAGGAACCUGUCGAGGGUUUCCGCGUCAAGCUGGUCAACGAGGACAACAUGUUCGAGUGGGAAGUCGCGAUCUUCGGCCCGCCCGACACGCUCUAUCAGGGCGGAUAUUUCAAGGCACACAUGAAGUUCCCGCCGGAUUAUCCGUACAGUCCACCGAGCAUUCGUUUCAUGACAAAAGUUUGGCACCCGAAUGUAUAUGAGGUGAGUGAAUAUAUACGGGAAUUAUCGAUCCCCCGCAUGCUCUCUUUCUCUCUCUCUCUCUCUCUCUCUAUUUCGAUAUAUAGAUAUGUUGCCGGUCAUCUCCGCUGGUUUACGUCUCGCGAUUCUGUGCGCCGGCACUCGUCGGCCUGCUCGUACGAAUGCACGCACGAACACAGCGAUGUUAUCGCUGCCGGAGCGGUCGUGUCAAGUGCCGGGCGUUUACUCGGGGAGCUCGCCUUCGCCUUCGUGGCUUAUUACGAGGUGUUCGGAGUCGAGCCACGGUAUUUUAUCAAUAUAUAUUUCGUAUAUUUUCUAUCUAGGAAACAAGCACAAGCUGCCAAGAUGGAAGCCGAAAAGGAAGGUAUUGUCGUGCCUGUAACUCUGGAGGAUUAUUGCAUAAAGACUCGAGCGAGGCCGGCCGAGCAACAACUAGACAUGACGGAUUUCUACGAUGACGAAUACGAGCUGGAUGAUGACGAAGAUGAGCAGUUGAGCGCGACUGAUUACGAAGACGGCGAUGAUAGUGGCAAUGGAGAAUCGUGAUCCAUUUCAUAAUACAAUAAAAACCCGCGAAUCGCUAAUUAUUAUAUAUCAGUUCUGUAUAGAUUAAUAAAUUAACGAGCUUCUAAACCGGACGAUCUCUCUAUUUUUUUUUUCCGGAUGCGCUACAAAUGUUCAAGUAAGCAUUUUUUUAAAGAAAGAAAAUAAAAUAUCCGAGGAAAAUCCGAGAAAAAUCCGAGAAAAAUUUAAGUAUAUCUCUUUUAUGCCAUCGUCAGUUAUAUCUGUUAAAUAAAUUUAUAUUUUUUUACUUAUUACAAUUAUGAUUUUCUAUUUCUUGAAAAAAGAAAAUGAAAUACGAACUCAUAUGCUUUCUCUUUAAUUUCAAGAUUUUAUCGUGAGAUAAAACUGUCUCUGCUUGACGAUGGUUUACGAAAGACACAACAUUCUUUAACUCUCGCAUUAUCGAAAUAUUUGUUAAACAGCGAAAAUUGGAUCAUCUUGUAAUGAAUUUUUAUUUGUGUUAUUAUGGUGCGCGUUCAAAAAAUUUAAUUAUCACAUUUAUGUAAUGUAUGUGUAACAUAUUAGACAUACAUAUAUAAUUUUACAUAAAUGUAAAAUAUUCUAAAUAUUCUAAAAAAAUUAACGGAACUAUAGGUAAAAAAUGGUCCAAUUUUGGUUAGCGAGGGUUAAAGAAAAAGAUUAGAAUGUUAAUAAUCAUAUAGAGAAUUCCGUGUUUACAAGCUCUUUAACUUAAGCAAUAUGCUAUGAUAUGGAUAUAAGUACUAUGGAUAGGAGCACUUUGCUUGUUGUGUUGUGGCUGGCACUUUAAUCAUUUAAAUAGGAACGGAUCAAUUGAUUUACCUUGCAAUGACAAACGUUCGAUAAAAAUGAUCAUAUGUAAGCACUGUACGUACAUGAUCAAUUUUACAUUGGGCAUAAUUCACGCCUUGUUCAAAGUUGUAAACGGGUACAUCAAUUGAUCCUAAAUAUAAUAUAUCUAUAUAUAAAAUUUGCGUUGUUUUUGGAUAAUUAUUUAUGUUAUGAUAAAAUGAUAAAGACAGAAAGAACUGUCAGAGGAAUUCGAUCUAGUGUAAGAGAAAAUAAGCUGCCGAGAAGACCUGUUAAAAAUUGUCAGUAAAUUUCACAUCUCUUUCACACACUAGAAUUCAUGUUAUUGAUAUCAUUAAUUAUAUUUAUAUAUGUAUGUGCAUCCAUAUAUCGAUGUAAUCAUACCGUUAUUUUCGUCGCAUUAUUUUAUUGAAUUACAAAAUGAAAUUAAUAACAAUCAUGGUUUUAUUUCUUCGCGGAUUUAAAAAACACAAUUAUGGCCUUUAGAAACGAGAAACUUUAAAUUUGACUGGAUCGUAAUUUUGAUUAAAUGAUAUUAAAUAUCACGAAAAAGAGAGGAAUAUCUUGUGUAAUGAGCCUUAUAGGCGCAUGAUACAGCCAUAAAGUUACUUUAAUUUAUAAUUUUUUUAAAGAUCUCUUCACGUAUUAAUCAUCCUUCACACGGGGAAAUGAAGCUUUCCAGAGAUAAAAUUGGUUAAAUGUAAGCUUACUACUUAAGUGAAAAGUAUAUCGCAUACAGAACUAAUCGACUCUGGUAGUAUAUCCAUGCUCGUAUGACUGAAAUUGUAAAUAGUACGUGAAACUCAAUUUUAAAGACACGAAAUAUAUAGAUGGUACUCUUUUA